AUGUCACUGUCAAAAAAGAGAAAAGUGGACACAGAGUGCAUAGUUUUCCAAGAAAAAUGGUCAUCAUCCUAUUCAUUCACAGAAGUGAUUGGGAAACCUGUGUGUUUGGUAUGUUCACAGCAGUUUUCAGUGCUGAAAGAAUAUAACCUUCGACGCCACUAUGAGACUCUUCCUGCCGAAAAAUACAAAAACUUACAAGGACAGCAGAGACUAGAGAAGGUAAAUGAACUUUUGACAGCUCUGAAUAAGCAGCAGUCUGUGUUUUCUCGUAGCCGAGAAAUAAGUGAUGCUGCAGUGAAAGCCAGCUACCUUAUUGCUAAUGAAAUUGCACUGGCUUCAAAAUCAUUUAGUGAGGGUGAAUUUGUGAAGACAUGUAUGCUGAAGGCUGCAGAGACUGUGUGCCCUGAAAAGCGUCAGGCUUUUGCAAAUAUCAGCCUGACAAGAAACACAGUUGCAGACAGGAUUUCUGAUCUUGCGGAGGAUUUAGUUACAGACAUUUUGACCGUCACCGAGGAGUUCGUGGAGUUGGUGCCAAUGACGGACACCACAAUAGUAGCUGAUAUUUUCACCGCCCUCGUCGAAGCGCCGGACAGUGUUGGAGUGGACUGGUCUCGCGCUGUCAGCCUGGCUACAGAUGGUGCAACUUCAAUGACCAGGAGAAAAGCAGGUGUUGGGACAAAAUUUAGAGAGAAGGUGCAGGCUGCAAAUGGAGGACGUGAUUUUUGGACUUUUCAUUGUAUCACGCAUCAGGAGGCAUUGUGUUGCAAGUAA